AUGGCCGAGGCAGAUGAGGGCUUCGGCCUGGCCCACACGCCUCUCGAGCCGGAUUCCAAAGACAGGUCCUCCGAUUCAAAGGCCGAGAGUGCUCUGGGAGCGCCCAGCAAGUCGCCGGCCUCCCCGCAGGCCGCCUUCACCCAGCAGGGCAUGGAAGGAAUCAAGGUGUUUCUUCAUGAAAGAGAACUGUGGCUGAAGUUCCAUGAAGUGGGCACAGAGAUGAUCAUCACGAAGGCUGGGAGGCGGAUGUUUCCUAGUUACAAAGUGAAGGUGACUGGCCUUAAUCCUAAAACGAAGUAUAUUCUUCUCAUGGAUAUUGUUCCAGCGGACGACCACAGAUAUAAAUUUGCAGACAAUAAAUGGUCUGUAACUGGCAAAGCCGAGCCCGCCAUGCCGGGCCGCCUGUAUGUGCACCCAGACUCGCCGGCGACCGGAGCACAUUGGAUGCGGCAACUUGUCUCCUUCCAGAAACUCAAGCUCACCAACAACCACCUGGACCCAUUUGGGCAUAUUAUCCUGAACUCCAUGCACAAAUACCAGCCCCGAUUACACAUCGUGAAAGCAGACGAAAAUAAUGGAUUCGGUUCAAAGAAUACUGCGUUCUGCACCCACGUCUUUCCGGAGACCGCGUUUAUCGCCGUGACUUCGUACCAGAAUCACAAGGUAAGCCGGGAGCUCUGGCCGCCGCCUGCACCCGGGGCCGCCUGCUGCUUUUCGGUGGACGCAUGCGCUGCGUCCUCGCCGGACCGCGGUGCUUAG